UUGACGUUUGACAUGUUUGCUGUUGGAUGUGGACACGUAUCGUUUUUGUGAAAUAAAUUGUUUUUUUGAGUAAUUCUGAAUAUUCUAUUCAGAACAUCAAAUAAAAUAUACAAUUCGGUUUAAGUUUCCGUAUUUUAAUAUAUUACCAGCAUGGCGGGAGUGGAGCAGCCAUGUUACACUUUGAUCAACUUCCCCACCGACACAGAGCGCCACAAUGAGAUGCAGCUUAAACUGGAUCUUGAAAAAGGAGACACGAAAAAGAAAAUUGAAGCCCUAAAGAAAGUGAUUGGCAUAAUCCUUUCUGGGGAAAAAAUCCCAGGAUUGCUUAUGAUUAUAAUCCGGUUUGUGCUGCCGCUGCAAGACCACACCAUCAAGAAGCUUCUGCUUAUUUUCUGGGAGAUCGUCCCGAAGACUACAGCAGAUGGAAAGCUGAUGCAGGAGAUGAUCCUUGUUUGUGAUGCCUACAGGAAGGACCUCCAACACCCCAACGAGUUCAUCCGGGGCUCGACGCUGCGGUUCCUGUGCAAGCUGAAGGAGCCGGAGCUGCUGGAGCCACUCAUGCCCGCCAUCCGCGCCUGCCUCGAGCACCGCCACUCCUACGUGCGCAGGAACGCCGUGCUGGCCAUCUUUACCAUCUACCGCAACUUCGAGUUCCUAAUCCCCGACGCUCCCGAGCUCGUCGCCAACUUCUUAGAGAGCGAGCAAGACAUGUCGUGCAAGCGGAAUGCCUUCCUAAUGCUGCUGCAUGCCGACCAGGAGCGCGCGCUGGCCUACCUGGCUGCUAGGCUGGAUAACGUGCACAGCUUUGGAGAUAUCCUGCAGCUGGUUAUUGUGGAGCUGAUUUAUAAGGUGUGCCACGCCAACCCGUCGGAGCGUUCGCGCUUCAUCCGCACGGUGUACGGGCUUCUCAACGCGCCGAGUGCCGCCGUGCGCUACGAGGCCGCCGGCACGCUCGUCACGCUGUCCAACGCGCCCGCUGCUAUAAAGGCGGCAGCUGCGUGCUACAUCGACCUGAUCGUAAAAGAGAGCGACAACAACGUGAAGCUGAUCGUGGUGGGGCGGCUGGCGGCGCUUCGCGAGGACGGCGGCGAGGCGGCGGCGCGCGCGCUGCCCGACCUCGCCAUGGACGUGCUGCGCGUGCUCGCCUCCUCCGACCUGGACGUGCGCAAGCACACGCUGCAGCUGGCGCUGGACCUGGUGACGCCGCGGCACGCCGAGGAGCUGGUGCAGGUCCUACGCAAAGAGGCGGCGCGCUCGCACAGCGCCGACCACGACGAUGCUAACAAAUAUCGUCAGCUGUUAGUACGGGCCUUGCAUCGCGCCGCACUCAAGUUCCCGGAGGUGGCCGGGUCGGUGGCGCCGGCGCUGCUGGAGCUGCUGGGCGACGGGGCCGAGCCGCACGCGCACGACGUGUUGCUGUUCCUGCGCGCCGCGCUGCACACUUUCGCUGAUUUGCGCGACACCAUCUACGAGAAACUUCUGGAAUGCAUCUCUCAAAUCAAAGUGGGCAAGGUUGCCCGCGCGGCGCUGUGGCUGCUCGCAGAAUUCGCCGACACGCCGGCGCGCGCGAACGCCGCGCUCGACGCGCUCGCCGACGCCAUCCCUGCGCUCGAGCAGAGCGAGGAAAAGGACGAGGCUACGGCACCAAAAGUGGACACGUCUGCGCCGCGGCAGCUGGUGACCAGCGACGGGACCUACGCUUCGCAGUCCGCCUUCAACUUGCCGCAAUCGUCCAGCGCAACAACAGACGCCGAAUCCGGUCUAAGCACAGCAUUGCGCAGCGGCGAAUCGUUCACGGCAGCGUGUGCGUGUUCAGCGCUGGCCAAGCUGGCGCUGCGCCUGCCGCCUGCCGCCGCCGCGCGAGCGUUGCACCUGGCCGCGCGACUACUCGCUCACCACAAGCUGCGAGCCAACACCAACGGCACCCAGUCGGGCCUGACUGCUGAUGACCUAGAGCAUGCCGCGCUGUGCCUACAGGCUGCCUCCGCGCGCCCUGAGGUGGUAGUAGACGCGCUGCUGACGACAUCUCGCUCCGCGUUAUCCGCGCUGCUGGCUCUGCCGGACUCGGCUGCUCAUCUGCUUGAGCCCUCACAGGAGCGCGAGAGCAAGCGUGUGGAGCCGAAGGUGGAGGUGGAGACGGGCAUCCAGUUUGCGCUGCUGGCCGGCGCCGGCGCCGCGCACCAGCACCACGACAUCUUCGAGCUCUCGCUCAACAGGGCGCUGCAAGGUCGCAACACAACGUCGGCGGACCAAAGCAGCAAGCUGUCGAAGGUGACGCAGCUGACGGGCUUCUCGGACCCCGUGUAUGCCGAGGCCAUCGUGGCCGUCAACCAGUACGACAUCGUGCUCGACGUGCUCGUCGUCAACCAGACCGACGACACUCUCCAGAACUGCACAGUGGAGCUGGCCACGUUGGGCGACCUUCGGCUGGUGGAGCGGCCGGCGGCGGUGGUGCUGGCGCCGCGCGACUUCGCCACCAUCAAGGCGCACGUCAAGGUCGCCUCCACCGAGAACGGCAUCAUCUUCGGCAACAUCGUGUACGAAGUGUCGGGCGCGUCGAUGGACCGCGGCGUGGUGGUGCUGAACGACAUCCACAUCGACAUCGUGGACUACAUCCAGCCCUGCGCCUGCAGCGACGCCGACUUCCGCCAGAUGUGGGCCGAGUUCGAGUGGGAGAACAAG